GGGCAGGUGGACAAAACCUCAAAUCAUCUUUGAGCGGUUUUUCUAAAUAGGUGAAAAAACACCAGAGCAUUAGAAACAAAUUUGUUCUUUCUGUAUCAUUUCAGUUCAGCUUUUGUAAUCAUGUGAGGGCCUUUCCAUUCCACCUGUGCUUGACGUUAGGGUUUGUAUUUCCACCCCUAGCCGGUGAUCAGAGGUGCGUAGGAGUGCACGAGAUCAAUUUUGUUUGAAUCACUGCAUUACUGUUUUCGUUUGCGCAAUUCGCUUCCAACAAGAGAGAACCGAAGAUCAUUUACUCCUGUGUGCUCCUGUAGUGGUGCGUUUUGGUAGAAAUUUACAGCCUAGAUCAUAUGCGAAUGUCUCACACUCCAAAUUGGUGUCUCGCUUGACAGGCUAGAUGGAUGUACACAGUUAAUAAGUUCGUUUGCCUAAGAAGGCUGGCUUAGUCUGUUCAUUAGCGCCAUGAACUUGAUGAUGCCUAGCUUCAGCGAAGAUAUUUCUUUCAAACGAAUAAGUAGCCGAAGAGCAGGAGCAAUGGCAGCUGGGCAAACGGUUUUGCAGAUACCAUCAGCCUCAACAGGUUUAACUGCCAAGCUUCAUCCAACAGUUCUGUUUAACAUUUGUGAUUCAUAUGUUCGCCGGAACGACCAGGCGGAGCGUGUUAUUGGCACUCUUUUGGGCUCUGUUUCUUCCGAUGGAACUGUUGAUAUUCGCAAUUCAUACUGCGUCCCUCACAAUGAAUCUUCUGACCAGGUUGCAGUGGAUAUUGAUUACCAUCGUAAUAUGUAUGAGUUGCAUCAGCGAGUGAAUCCCAAAGAAGUUAUUGUUGGAUGGUAUUCUACAGGUUCAGGAGUAAGUGGUAGCAGUGCUUUGAUUCAGGAUUUCUAUGCAAGGGAAGUGACAAAUCCAGUCCAUUUGACUGUGGAUACAAGAUUUGAAAACAUUGAAGCUAGCAUCAGAGCCUACGUUUCAACCAUUUUAUCUCUUGGAGACCGACAGCUAGCAGCACAAUUUCAUGAAAUUCCUCUGGAUCUUCGAAUGGUUGAAGCUGAACGAGUUGGGUUUGAUGUGUUGAAGAAAACAAUUGUGGACAAGCUUCCAAAUGAUCUGGAAGGGCUGGAGGCUACCAUGGAGAGGUUGCUUGCUCUAAUAGAGGAUGUCUUCAAGUAUGUUGAUGAUGUAGUGCGAGGUCAAAUUGCUCCUGAAAAUAAUGUUGGGAGAUAUCUUAUGGACACAAUGGCUGCUAUACCAAAGAUGUCAUCAGAUGCAUUUGACAAACUAUUUAAUGACAGCAUACAGGAUCUGCUUCUAGUGAUCUACUUAGCUGGCCUCACAAAAUCCCAACUCACUCUUGCAGAGAAACUGAACACAGCUGCACAGAUACUAUGAUGAUUUAAACAGAAUGUGUUGAACCUUACUCUGUUAAACAUUAUUUAACAUCCAUGCAAUGUGAAUCGGGAUCACAAACUGAUCAUAUGAGAUGACCAAAUAGGCCAGGUUUGGCUUGUAUGGGCUUGGAGGAGUGCAUUUUGUGAGAGUUUUGCCACAAUUUAUAUGGAGCAUGUUUUGAUUUCUCGGAGGGAAAAUAAUCAAUUUUUUUCAAUCAUGUAGAGGGUUAAAUUCAUUUUAUUCUCAGUUAUCUCAAACACAGGUAACCGGCUCAUCUGCAUGCUAUUUGUAUCAUAGUUACAAAUAGUGAAUAUUGGAUAUGAUAAAUUGUUGAGCAUCACUGAUGCCUGCUGUGAGGCUUUUGUUAUAACACUCUCAUCCAUCCAAAUCCAUAGUUUAAUGACUAUACCCUAUCAAACCUUUUAGGCAGUGAUUGCACAAA